AUGAAAACUAAAACGCUGGUCCCGCAGUAGAGCAGGUCAUUUGAGGACAACUCUUAGUGCGAAAUGGCAGGUAAUAGAGCAACAGCAAUACGUACAGUCGUUACUUUGAUUUUAGCGGUUUGCGUCGACCUUUCUUUGUUUUACGCAUCGGGAUGUGUAGCGACUCACAGCGUGUUUGGACAUCUUGCGCGUCUCUGGGUUUCUGCGGCUCUCCGGUGUGUGGCACUAACUGCUGUAACUCUGCUCAGCCUCGGACACAUAAACCCGUUGCUGAUUCGUCUUAUAGCGGCACACAGUUUGCUGCCCGCGGUGUUUGAGACCGGGGCCAAAGCGUUUAACGAUGAGGACACACAAUGUGGCUUGUUGGCGGAUUUGCGCUGCUGGCUGAUGUGUACCGGCGCGUCGCUGGCCGGUGCACUGUUCUGGGAAAUCACCAUCCCGGACACCGACGAUGCGGCCGCCGGUAAAGAGAAGAAGCAGAAAGCCAGAGUGCUGUUUGUGAGAGUGCUUCACCUGUACAAACCCGACUGUCUGCUGCUGCUUGGAGGGCUUGUGUUCCUGACGCUGGCUGUUUUGUGUGAGAUGUUCAUCCCAUUCUACACUGGGAGAGUCAUUGACAUCCUUGGCAGUCAGUAUCAGCCAAAUGAAUUCAUAUCUGCCGUCCUCUUCAUGGGCCUGUACUCCCUGGGAAGCUCUGUGAGUGCAGGCUGCAGAGGGGGUGUCUUACUUUGUGCCAUCAGUGCCUUCACAUGCAGAAUUAAAGUCAAACUGUUUGGGGCUUUGACCAAACAGGAAAUUGGAUUCUUUGAGGCCACAAAGACAGGUGAAAUCACAUCCAGGUUGUCUAAAGACACCACCUUGAUGGGAAGAACAGUGUGUCUGAAUGUCAAUGUGCUGUUGAGGACAUUUAUCAAGACACUGGGCAUGCUGUCCCUGAUGAUGAAUCUUUCAUGGAAGCUCACAUUUCUCGUCCUGUUGGAGACGCCAAUCACUGGUCUCGUUCAGAACAUCUACGACACACACUACCAGCGGCUGUCCCUGGCAGUAAAUGACUCAAUGGCUCUGGCAAAUGAAGUCGCAAAUGAGGUAGUAUCUGGUAUUCAUGUGGUACGGAGCUUUAACACAGAAAAAAAAGAGGCACGUCGCUAUGACAACCGCUUGAUGGACACACACAACCUCAAGACCCGUCGGGACACCAUCAGAGCUGUUUACCUGCUCGCAAGGAGGUUGACAGGGUUGGGUAUGCAGGUCUUCAUGUUGUACUAUGGCAGGCUGUUUAUCAAGAUGGGACAGAUGACCACUGGCAAUCUGGUGUCCUUUAUCCUCUACCAGUCAGACCUUGGAGACAACAUCAGGACGCUCACCUACAUCUUUGGUGACAUGCUGAACUCGGUGGGGGCUGCUAGGAAAGUGUUUGAUUACCUGGACCGAAAACCUCAGGUCAGCACAGACGGAACACUCAAACCUGAUCAGUUGACCGGAAACGUCAGCUUCCACCACCUCAACUUCUCCUAUCCUGCGUACCCCGACAAAACAGUUCUAAAGGACUUUUCUUUGGAGCUGAAGUCAGGUCAGAUGACUGCACUGGUGGGUCCAUCUGGAGAGGGAAAAAGCACCUGUGUGAGUCUGCUGGAGCGUUUCUAUGAGCAGCAGAGUGGAGACAUCCUACUGGACAAUGAGCCACUGAAAUCCUAUGACCACCGUUUCCUCCACAAGAAGAUUGCAGUGGUGAGCCAGCAGCCUGUGCUCUUCUCUGGCUCCAUCAGAGACAACAUCGCCUAUGGGCUUGCUGAAUGCUCAUUGGAUGAGAUCCAGAAGGCAGCACGCAAAGCCAACGCCCAUGACUUCAUUAAGCUUCUGGAGAACGGCUACGAUACAGAGGUGGGUGAGCGUGGCAGCCAAUUAUCUAAAAGCGAGAGGCAGCGGAUUGCCAUUGCUCGAGCUCUGGUCAGACAGCCACAGGUCCUCAUCCUGGAUGAAAUAACCAGCUCCCUGGACACUGACAGUGAAAAUAAGCUUCAGCAGGCCCUGGCUGGUUGUCCCUCCCAGACCCUGCUGGUGAUCGCUCACAGGCUGAAGACCAUUGAGAAGGCAGAUCAGAUUGUUGUGAUUGGUGAAGGCAGAGUUCAGGAGCGAGGGACCCACCAGGAACUGAUGGACAAGAAGGGGAGCUACUACAAACUGAGAGAGGAGCUCUUCACUGAGAGAAACUCACCACAGUGACAAACUGUGGUGAGUAUUAUAUUUGUAUAAAUGUGGAAAAUUUAAGCAAAUGCCCCUUUUCUUUUUUUCCAGAAACGUCUGUAUUCUGCAACGUUGUAAACUGUUCUAAAAUGUAUCUUAACUCUAGCAGUAUUCUCCUAUUCUUAUUUAUCUUGUUGAAAUGUCAUUUGUUAUUGUAAAUAAGCAAAUUAAAUGUAUGAGUGUCAUUUUCUGAUGGA